AUGUUUUUGGAGGCAAAACUUCAUUUCUCCGAGUUUCUGGAGAGCUUUCUCUGUUGGCUGGGAUCCGAAAUCUGUUCACGGAAUGGACUAUGUGAGAUUGGAAGAUGUCAUGCAUUCAUGUUGAUUGGAUUGGCCAUGUUCUUCUCGGUGAUUGGGUUCACUCUCUACUUGUUCAAGGUGUUUGUGGAUUGCGCCAUGGAGGUGAGUUGGGAUUAAAUUUCAACUGUCUAGACGAUGUUAUUGCACUUGAUGACUAGCUUUCGAUAUUUUAAGUGAUGAUAGGCAGACUUACAGGUGCUGACAGUUAGUGAGUUUUGAUAUCAAAAAUCAGAAACUGUAUAGAUUCUUCGUAUUUUCGAGUAAUAUUUUGAAUAAAGGACACUUUAGAUACGAUUAUUCUUCCAUUUUAUAUAUACUAUCUUUGAUUCCUUAUCCUUUGUGAUAAUAAUAAGGCUUUUCAGUGGAUUGACCAUCCUCCCACCGAUGAAGAGCUGGAUGAGAUUGAGAAAGAGGAGCUCUCCCUUCUCAACAGACCUUUCAAUACCCUCAAAAUGGUCUGGGCUCUCCUCUUCCAGAAGGAUCUCAAGGACCGAAGGAUCAUCAGGAAGGCCAAGAAAUAUCAGCCGAGAAAGAAGUCUGUUCCAUCAACGAAGAAGAUCAGUUCCGAGAAGAUUUUGAAACAGAAAGUGGAAGUUGUUACGCCUAAAGUGCCCAAGAUCAAGGCCGGAGGCGAUAAGGUCGAAUAA